AUGAGGAUUGCCAGUGCAUGGCAAAGAGCUUUCGCCAAGUCCGAUGCCUGUAGGAAAUGUAUUGCUCGUUUGUCUCGCCAACUAGGUAGCUCGCUCCCUAUAGGUUCAACCGGUGGGACCAUCUCGAGUCAAAGCAAUGCGGACAUGCUGAGCAGCUGCGACACAUUUGACGGAACCUUUGCAAUAUCCUCUUCUACCAGUGGAGUGAUCACCAUCAAUAAUGUCGAGGAAAUCGAGGGCGCACUAAUUGCCGAUGGUGCUUCAAAGCUCACAAAUCCUUUUGCCCCUGAUUUAAUCCGUGUGUGGGGAGCUAUCACACUGAGUAAUCUCAAGCCACUCUCAAUUAUAACCAUGGGCGCGCUAUCACAAGUGUCUUGA